UCUCUCUCUCCCUCCCUCCCUCCCUCAAAUCGCGUUUGGUGUCCCUUUCUUGGCCCCCCACUCCUUCUCGACUUCUCAAUUUCUCCCCUUUUUCUUUUUCUCCUUUUCGCAGCUGUUAAUUCUCAUCUAGAGCUCGCAUUAUAGUGAGAGGGAGAGAGGGAGAGAGCUGAGAAAUGGGGUGGUUCCUUUGUUCUGGAAAAUCGAAGAAGAGAGUGAAGAAAGAACAUGAUAAGAAGUGUGAUGAUCAGAUCCCUUCAGAAAAACUUAAGGCGAAUCCAUUGUUUGAUGUAAAGAAGGAACCUUCUAAAGAUGGAGGGUCUGGUCACAUUGCUGCUCACACGUUUACCUUCCGUGAGUUGGCCACUGCUGCCAAAAACUUUAGACCAGAUUGUCUUUUAGGCGAAGGUGGAUUUGGUAGAGUGUAUAAAGGACGACUAGAAAGCACCAACCAGGUCGUGGCUAUAAAGCAACUUGACCGCAAUGGUUUGCAAGGAAACAGGGAAUUUCUUGUUGAGGUCUUGAUGUUAAGUCUACUUCAUCACCCGAACUUAGUGAACUUGAUCGGAUACUGUGCUGAUGGAGAUCAGAGGCUCUUGGUAUAUGAAUUCAUGCCAUUAGGAUCGUUGGAAGACCAUCUACACGACCUUCCACCAGAUAAGAAACGUCUAGAUUGGAAUACGAGAAUGAAAAUAGCUGCCGGGGCAGCAAAGGGUUUGGAGUAUUUGCACGAUAAAGCAAACCCGCCUGUUAUAUAUCGAGAUCUAAAGUGUUCAAAUAUCUUACUCGACGAAGAUUAUCAUCCCAAGUUGUCUGAUUUUGGGUUGGCCAAAUUAGGCCCUGUUGGUGACAAGACACAUGUGUCCACUAGAGUGAUGGGAACCUACGGUUAUUGUGCACCGGAAUACGCCAUGACGGGACAGCUCACUUUAAAAUCCGAUGUCUAUAGUUUUGGAGUCGUCCUUCUCGAAAUCAUUACAGGGAGAAAGGCCAUUGACAAUUCAAGAGCUGCUGGUGAACACAAUCUUGUUGCUUGGGCUCGGCCUCUAUUUAAAGACCGUAGGAAGUUCUCACAAAUGGCCGAUCCCACGCUCCAAGGCCAGUAUCCGGCGAGGGGACUGUACCAAGCUCUCGCCGUCGCAGCAAUGUGUGUACAGGAGCAACCAAAUAUGCGGCCUCUAAUGGCGGAUGUGGUGACGGCCUUGACUUAUCUUGCUUCGCAGAAAUAUGACCCCGAGACUCAGCCCGUGCAGAGGCCGAGCUCGAGCUCCUCGACUCCAAGAAUGCGAAGAGAGUCGCGAUGAUAAGCUGCUCAAGAUUCCUAUGCCAUGAAGAAAGGUUUGUAUGAACCAAUGUGAGCCCCCCCUUGAGAAUGGAUGAGUAUAGUGAAGUUUUCGAUCCUCUCGAUUAUCGGAAGCUGCAUCUCGAAGGGUGCUGUUACGGAGUUUGGAUUCGUCUAGAGGUGUCGUUGGUCGUCGUCUUUAGUUAUGGAGAAGAAGGUGGUGAAGCUCCCCACCCAAACCAUGUUGUUUUUGUGAAGAUUUUCCCUUUUAUUGUAUGUAGGCUUUUCUUGAUCCUUUGGUUUUCGUUCUCUCUUCUUUUUGCCUAAUUCCUCUUUUUCAGACCUAUCUCUAAUGUGUACUUGAAGAUUUCAGGAAUUUGAGAUGAGAGAUCUUGUAAUUUAAAUAUGUUAAUACGAAUGGGUAUAAACAUCAUAUUGCUUGAA